AUGUAUCAGGUCCACGAUCUGAUGCUGGCAAUUGUGACAACUUCAGACAGGGUGUGUUCAACUAAGUCGCCCUGGCAACAAGACCAAGUUGUGAAAACGAGCUUAAAUAUGGUUGUAAAGGUGGUACUAGGCACGAAAAUAUUGCACGUUUUCACCGGAUUUGAGGGAGAUUGCCUUGGAAACAGCGCCAGCAAGAACCUUCCAGUAAUGCCAAUCGACAGUUGGUCAAGCGGAAUCCGCUCUCGUCUUUUGGUGGAAUCCACCUUCGAAUCUCGUCAGCAUCCACACUUCUCCCCGGAAUGCAGAGUAAGAUCGAGGCGGAUAGUCUCCUUGACCUGGUGUCGUCAACGUGACACGUUGACAAGAAUGCGUUCCAGCGUCGCCCAAGAGCCAAACGGGAUUCAGCUGUCGUCUUCUGGGGAUUCGGCCACAGGGCCGGUCACAUUUUGUUCAGGCAUGAGGUCGAGUCUGUGUUUGCAGCUGCCCUCGGCGCUGGCCGAGGUCCAUUUGGAGUUCGUCGAGAAGGCGCUGCUGCGUUGCCAACCGGCUCCGGUCGCGCGUUCGCCCAGUUGGCGACAAGAGGUGGUCGUCAAGGCGACCAGCCGGGCCGGAUUCUGCUGGUGCCGGACACGAGCUGCCCGAGUCGCCGAGUCGAACGGCUCGAGCUCGUGUUUCCGCCCGAGGCGACGCCGUCCCGACGAGUCGGUCAACAGCGCCGGCUCCUCCGACGACCUCUCCGACGUGGAUUCCGACGAGACGGCGCCGAACUGUAGCCAUGACAACCAACGACUGUGCUGCCUCCUCGUAGCCGAGGCGCAGUCGGGCUGGCGGCGUUUCUCGGAGCUCGAGGCCUCGUCUGCGGAACAGUCGAGUCGCACUUUGGCCAACUCGAACCGCCGGCGCCGCCGACUCUUUUCGCGCCUAUCGUUGCCUCGACGACGAGUCGCCCGGUCGACACUGGCCGACGGCGACGGCGACGGCGAGGGCGACGGCGAAGUCGGUUUUAGGUGGAGCGGCGACACGAGCUGCACGAGUCGCGUUGGACACGAGCAGAUGCUGUUCGGCUUGGCGCUGCGCCAUCGCAGAUGGGACGUCUUCCUGCGCUUGGUCGACACGGGCCUCGACCUGAAUCGGCCGCAGUUGAUGUUGGCGGAGGGCGAAACGUGGCGCCGGUACCAACAGCCGCGACAACACGUCGUCUCGUUCGCCUCCGCCCUCGACCUGUUCGUCUACGCUGCCGCUCGGACGACUUACGCGCCGCAGGCGGCCGGCGUCGACCAUGCGGCGCCGACACGCUUGACUGCGUUUGCCGCUUUGCUGCCGCGACAACAACGCCAACGCCAACGCCAACGGCGACGGCGACGGCGACGGUCUGCCGGACUCGAGCCGACCGAGUUGCGUCUGCCGGCGCGAUUCGGCUUCGAGGCGAGUGUCACGCUGCCCCUCCUCCUCUCCAGCCUCAUCCGAGCCGGAGCCGCCGUUCGCAUCGUCCCAUUCGGCGACGGCGACGGCGACGGCGACGUCGACGGCGGCGUCACGAGCCAGCGCUUCCGCGAGCUCUGCUCCACCGCUGCCCUCGGCCUGGCUGGCAGUCUCAAGCGCCGGCGCGGCAUGUCGGCCAACCUGUUGGACGCGGCCGGCCUCGUGCGACAGCUGCUGCAGGCCGGACUCGAGCCACCGGCCGACCUCUUCCUCGACUCCUCCCACCCGUCGACGUUCGCCUCGACCAAGCUCGACCCGUCCGAGGCAGAUGCACCCGGUUUCGCCAAUCUCUACGCCUCCGUGUUGACUUGGCUGGCGCAACGACGCUGCGCCGCUCUCCGUCGCGUCAACGUCGACGUCGGCGUCGGCGUCGGCGUCGGCGUCGGCGUCGGCGACCUGACGACCGGAGCUGACCGGUCUCCGGUCUUGCGUCGCUUUGUUCUGCUCCUCUUCAACCUCAUCUACAGCGGCGCCGUUUGUCUGCCCGACGCGGUGCAUCGCCGCGUCGCCGGCCCCACGCAGAGCGAGACCAUCUCGUGUCCGACGGCGAGGUCGACUGCUCAGUCCCGUCGCCGAAUCGGGCCGCGCUCUUCUCUGCCCGCCGAUUGGCUCACCACCACGCCUUUGGCUCGAGUCGACGUCGACGGUGAUGUUGAUGGCGACGCCAACGGCGACGUCAACGGCGACUUCAUUUGUGACGUCAACGGCGACGUCGAUUGUGACGGCGAGGGCGACGGCGAGGCUGUUGAAAAGCAGUUGGUUCGACUAAGCCGAGCGAUGCGGCGUCUGUUUCGAGAGACGCCGGCGCCGUUGGCGGUGCAGGCGCGUCGUGUGGCGCGACGCGAGCUCGGCUGUUUGCGUUUUCGCGAGCAGGUCAUGUUGGGCAUCGAGUUGGCGGCCGAGACUGCGUCCGGCCGAGCGCCGCUCGAGCGCACUCAAUCGGCCCCGUUCGGCUCGCAUGGUUGGCGAGCCGGCGCCGGACAGUUGGGCUUGAGGGCCGAGGCGAGGCGGCAGAUGCUGUAUCAACGCGUGCGCCGAAUGUCGGACCAUGUGAGGCGCUAUCUUGUCUACUUGGAAGAGCGAGAAUUGACUCGAGAGCUCAACUGCCUCGCCGUGUUCUCGUAG